GAUGAUGCUUCUGAAAAUAAUGAUGAUGAAAGGACACCAGAUGCAUCAAACCGCUCUGCCAAUUUACAAGAUAAUCCGGAGGACAUACCUAAUGAAAAUAGUGGAAAUGAUUCCCAGGAUUCAGCUACGAAUGAUGGGAAUAAUAAUAAUACUGCUCAAAAUCGGCCAUUGAGACGUUCGCCAAGGCAUUCAUCAAGACAAUCGGCUACCUCUGGAAACAACAACCGUGAGCACAAUAUCUUGCAGGGCUUAUUGCAAGAAUUAUCUACGCCUGUUAGGGGAGAAUCUAUCGAAAAUAAUGAAGUGGCUGAGGAUGAUUCGGAAGCUUCAAUGCCAAAGACUUUAGCCCGCCUGUUUCAAAAAGCUU